AUGACGAUGUUCAGGCACAUGUCCAGGCAACUUGGCCACGACCGCCCGCCGGCGCAACAGGUCAAAGAUGAGGGAGAUGGAUUUUGGGGCAUCGUGUCAUUCGGAAUUUUCGGUUUCAACAUUACAGCCUGGGAUAUGACUAUCUCUACCCUUCUGAAGCUGCUUCUAGCAGCGUCUUCGUUCUUUGGUCCCGGUUCUGCUUCGUCCCAUAAGCCUGCCGAUACUGUCUUCCGCAAUGGCUCAAUUUAUUCGAUUGACAGACGCUCCUCCAAGCACGAAGCCAUGGCCAUUACAGAUGGCUUGAUCACGUUCCUGGGCAGCGACGGGUGCGUGAGACCAUUCAUCGGACCCGAGACGGCUGUCUUUGACCUCGAAGGCCGCAUGGCCAUGCCCGGUCUGGUUGAUGCCCACAUGCAUCCCAUCUCUGGCGGCGCGGCAUUACUCAAAUGCAAUCUGAACUACCAGCCGCUGGGUCUCAACGCCGUACUCGACCAUAUCCAGAGUUGCAUCGACGGGGAGCCUGAGAAGAGCGAUGAAGACUGGUUAGAGGUCCUGUCUAUGGACUGGUACACGCUUGCUGAAGAGGCCGGGCCCAUCACCAGCAAGACCCUAGACGUUCUCAAAACACAAAGGCCCAUCGUUGCAACGUCGGCUGACCGCCACAUCUUCUGGGUCAACACCGCUGCGUUGAAGGUCUCCGACAUUACGGCUUCAACACAGAACCCUCCCGGCGGCGUCAUCGAGCGUCUGCCAGGGAGCCUGGAACCGUCAGGCAUCCUCCAGGACGCUGCCAGCGGCCUGCUAGCCGGCCCCGCCCCGGCGACUUUGCAGGAAGAUGUCGAGUCCGCCAGGGCAGCUCUGAAGCUUCUUCGAGAGCAAGGCGUAACCACCUUCCAGGAGGCAGCGUCCAGCGCAAGGACGGCGGCUGUGUUCGAGGCCGUCAAGAACGAAGGCGGCCUGAGCGCACGCGGCUUCUUCGACCAUCUCAUCAGCGCGCCCAACUCCACGGCUGAGGUCGCGGCCCUCGUGGAGGAGGUCAUUUUCGUCGACGGUAUCAUCAUGUACCCGGCCAACACCGGUGCCCUUAUCGAACCGUACUUCCUUCCCGUGGGUAACACAUCAGUGUGGGCACCAAACUCGGAAAAGUGGCCCGAGCCGUAUUGGUCGACUGAAAUCCUCGCCGCGGUUCUCGAAGGCCUGAUUCUCCAUGGUAUUGAUGCACAAAUUCACGUUGACGGCGACAUGGCUGUGCGAACAGCCCUUGAUGCUCUGCAAGACUUCCGCGACAAGCACGGCGACGUGUACGACUACAGAGUCGGCCUGGCCCACAACGAGGUAACGGACCCGAGCGACUGGCCGCGGUUCGCGGAACUCAAGGCGGACCCGAUCAUGAGCUUCCAGUGGGCGCAGGCCAGUUCGGUGUGGAUGCCCAAUGGCCUCAAAAACAUGGGCCCGGUUCGUUCCAACUAUCUCGAGGCGUGGGGAGAUAUUGCCAAGUUUGGCACGCGCAUCAUCUACGGAAGCGACUGGCCGAUUGAUCCGCUCGACGAAUGGCUCGCUGUGAAGGUCGGCGUCACCCGGUCCGGUGACCCUACGAACCCCAAUUCUCCAGCCUCCCAGGGUGCUCCAUACGACGGGCCGGGCAUUCCAGGCCUGUCCCUCUCGCGAGAGGAGGCUAUUCGUUCCAUCACCAUCGAGAGCUCUCGCUUCCUCAGGGCGGACGAGCAUAUUGGCUCGCUUGAGGUGGGCAAGCUCGCCGACGUCAUAGUCCUGCAGGCCAACUACUUUGAAGUGCCCGACGAGGAGAUUGCGCGCCAAAAGACGCUGUUGACCAUGCUGGGCGGCGAGGUAGUGUACAUCGCGGAGGGCGUGAACUUUGCGAAUGGGGUGGUGCCCAAGUUCCCCAACAACGGUACGCUGGACCGCAGGAUGGAGGAAAGGACUGUUGGCGGGCUCCAGGGCCGGCUUCUGUCCCAGGCAGGUCGGGAAGCCGUCCAGCGUCUUUCCGUCCGCAAGGAGUGCGAUCACGGGGCGGCACAGCUGCACAAACACAUUCUUUGA